CUUUGAUAUUAUAGUUAGACUUCCGUCCUGGGAAGCAGACAUCAACAACCGUCCAGAUGCAGCAUCCAUCACACUAGCUGAUGCUUCAGCACCCAUCAACAUACCUGAUGCAGCAGCAGCAAUCAACGUUACAUCUGAAACAGAACCCAUCAGCAUGACUGUCUCAACAGAGAGGUCCGAGGAGCGAGGCACGGGAGGUCUAGAUCCCUAUGCACCUAACCAUAGCUUGUCAGAUGUAAAGUCCCUCUAUGACGCAUGUAAAUCUGGAGACAAAGAGAAAAUUUUCAAACUUCAUGCAAAUUGUCCAGAGUUAUUAUCACAGAACAGUAACCAGUGCCUUCUUCGCAUUGUUGAAUCUGGAAACAUAGACUGCUAUAUCGCUAUAGAAUCUUUGUUGCUUAAAGGAAAAGGAAAAGAGGAGCGUCAACAAUACAUUGGAAACAUUAGAGAUACGGAUAACGAAUCCGUGCUCCACAAAGCCUGUCGUUCUGGAAGUAAAGAUAUGUAUUUAUACCUCUCUACAACAUAUUCAUAUCUUGUUGCUUCAACAGACAAGAACUCUCUCCUGGAAAUAACUAGUAAACUAAACAAGUCUGACCUUUAUGAUAUAAUUGAGAAGGAGUUUGAGAUUAAGAAAAAAUAACCGUUGAAUGGCCGAUGAAAAAACCCAUUUCAACAUCAGAAUAUAUACCCGGGGAUCUUUUUUAACAUUUUAUGACGUUAAAGUAAUGUUACACUUGAUGUUUUGAUAACCUGUUUUCAUUUUUGUAUUUUGUAAUGUUUAAUUCGUGUUUUAAAUAGACGUUAUUAAGUAGAGUGUGCAUCGAUUUGAGUGUCCAUAUUAACGUUUUUCAACAUUACAUUUGGUUUUAACUCUAUUUGGUGUUUUAUCAUAGAUAUUGGGAUAAAUAAAAAUAGAUAAGAUGUACCUCCAUAACGUUUUCCAGAUUUUAGUCAUUUUAAGGGAAACGUUUGAAGAGUUAUGGCGUCCAUGGCAUAAUUUCUCAAAUAAAGCUAGCUGUUUAGUCUCUUUGAUCAAGCCCAUAAUUUGGUACUCUCCAGAAAAUUACAGUCAAACAAAGCCUCUUGUUAUGAUAAAAACUUCAUCUAAAGGCUAUCAAAGGAUUCUUUCUAUAAUGUAUCCUUCUUGAUUCCAAAGCUGUUGUUUACAAUGACAAAAAAGCAUGUAGAAAGGAAAUUUCUCCCGCGUGUUUCGCGCACAGUCAGAACACAACCUGCUCUGCAAAUUAAAUUCAUUAAUAUUCUAAUAUAACUCCGUGAUGCAAUUAACAGAGGACAAUCUCCAUUGUUGUUGCAUUAUAUAAAUGUGAUACCUUACAUAUUCAACAUACUAGUGUUCUAACUGAUAACUUUAGAACUUAUAAGAGUUCCCAGACAACACUAAUACACAGUAUCAUCAUUUAACUCAAUCAGAAUAAACUGUAAUUAAAUAGCCGGUGUCCGUGAAUUCUGUUCAAUCCACAUAAGCAGGCUUUCUGUUCAGUUAAUUUACAAAUGCAUCUGGAAUUAAAACAAGAUUUCAACCGGAGUCAUCCCGGAGGACCAUGUGUUGUCUGAUAGUUUUUCUUUACCUUUGACUUGGGUCAUUCAUAUUUCUUUGGUCAUGUACCAUGUAUGGUAAAAAUCCAGAGAACAUACGUUUGAGCUAGCACUAUAAACAAAACAAAAGCUUUAAAGUCAUUUUCAACUUGACGUCAGAAAAGCUGACCCCAGUGAGAUCGGUUUCAUUCGGAAAAUGUGACUGUCAAAUGAAUUUAUACAGAAAAAGGAUCAGUUAAGUUAUUUUUCCUAAUUUUUUUACAUCAAUUUUGUGACCAGAGGCCCUCUAACUUAUACCUUACAUUUGUAAUAAUAACUUAUAAUAACAAAAAAGAUAUUGUUGA